GGCUGGAUGAGAACAUCAUGGCAUUGUGCCAUUGUCAAAUCACUGACCGGGGGUUUGCCGAUGCCACUAACAUGGUUGGACCCUCUAUUGAAGUCAUACGGCCCACUAGCACCCAAACCGCCCUGGACGCUCCUUCAGGGUUUUUUACAGUUCAUCUGGCAUCUCUGAAGAAGGAGCUGCAGUUUCCUCUCCACUCGUUGUUGAUUGAGUUCCUCAACGAGGUGGACCUCCUUCCUUGCCAAUUGGUCCCCAAAUCUCACCGGUACAUCGCUAGUUACUUGGUCAGAUGCAAGAAGGUAGGGGUAAAAUCUACCCUUGACCACUUCCUGUUUACCUUCAAACUGGCUAAAGGGCUCCCAUCCUUCCGUCGCGUUCCGUGUCCCCCAUCCAAUGCCACCCUUCUGUCCAUCACCUGGAAACACUGCGGCCAGGGGGCCAUCGAGAUUAAGAAGGUGGUGACCGAGGAGUCUCUAGCAGCGUUGGGGUUUGAGUUUGUCCAGGACGAGCACCGCCAUCAUCCUGACCUGCUAAGAGACGCUCUUGGGGGAAGCGUUGACUGUGGUCCCUUUGUUGAGCCACUAGAAAAAGAGAUGGACGAUGAGCUUUUGAUCGGCCAGUUCGUUGCGGGGAGGAAGAGGAAGAGGGAUGCGACCCGUCAAAGAAAAAGCAAGCGCUCUUCCUCGCGCGGCGAAGAUAGCCCUCCGCGAGAAAAGAUUGUGAUUGAAGUGGAAGAUCGGAAUGAUGUGGCUCCGGAGAUGGGAGCGACGGCGAUCAGCUCUCCACCGCGCUCUCUGAUGCUGGGUGGCGACCUGGCACGGUCGUCUCAAGGAGCCUUCUCGGAGCGACCUCCCUCCCCACCCGUAGUGAUCUACGAGGUGGCGACCGAGGGUCGCUCGAUGAGGUUCAGCAUUCCUCCCCCGUCCCCAAGUCUAGGGGAUGUGCAACUGGAGACCUUGGUCACCUUGCCCGCUCAGGAUCGAGCUCGCAUCUCGGCUAGUUCUGAGGAUGACCUCAAUAACAUGGUUCUUCUAAAGCUUAGCCAGGCCACGCUGGGGAUGAUCGAGAUCGUCGGCUGGAGGCAAGAUCGCCAAGCGGUUAUGGACGAGGCGAGGAAGGCUACAGAAGACAAGCAGAAGGAGCUGCAAGAGGAGGUCGCGCGACUCGCAAAGGAGUUGGAGGAGGAGAAAGGUCGCUCUGCCAACCUGGUGAUAGAGAACACUUCUCUAUCUUCUGAAGUAGGGUCCGUUUCUGCCCGUGUAACUGCGUUGGAAGGAGAGAAGGCUGAUCUGUUUCAGCAGCUAGAGGCUAAGAAGAGCGACCAGGCCCGUCGCCUGGAGGAGGCAAUCGAGUCCUUCAAGUCUUCCCCUGAGUUUACUGCGGUCGCUAUGGAGCGGAUGAACAAGCUAGUCGUCGAGUGGCUCAAUACUGGGCCUGGCGCUCGAUGGAUGGUCAAGGAGUCAGAGAAGUCCUUCAACUGCGGACUCUUCUAGGCCCAACUGGUUAUUCGCGACAAGCUAGCUCGGCUUCCCAAAGGAGUCUCCUUCCCCGCCCUUGGCCUUCCUCCUCCUUGCCG